GUCGUCCUGCCUUCCCCCCCGCCGAGACGGGGUGGCUACCGUGGGUUCCGUCGCCUGGGGAACGUCGCGUACUGGGAUCCUCUUUACGCUGCUGCGGGCGGGGGGCGGCGGCUGUCGGUGGUGGUGGUGGCUGCGGCCGUGAUGCUGAGUUCCCGGGCGCAGGCGGCGAGGACGGCGGCCGACAAGGCCCUCCAGCGCUUCCUGCGCACCGGGGCGGCCGUCAGAUAUAAAGUCAUGAAGAACUGGGGAGUGAUAGGCGGAAUUGCGGCUGCUCUUGCAGCAGGAAUAUAUGUUAUUUGGGGUCCCAUUACAGAAAGGAAGAAGCGGAGGAAAGGACUUGUGCCUGGGCUUGUCAACUUAGGGAACACCUGCUUCAUGAACUCGCUGCUACAGGGAUUGUCUGCCUGUCCCGCCUUCGUCAAGUGGCUGGAAGAAUUCACCACCCAGUACUCCAGGGACCAGCAGGGACCACACACACACCAGUGCCUGUCCUUAACACUGCUGAACCUCCUGAAAGCUUUGUCCUGCCAAGAAGUCACGGAGGAUGAGGUCUUGGAUGCGAGCUGCCUUCUGGAUGUCUUGAGAAUGUACAGGUGGCAGAUCUCUUCCUUUGAAGAACAGGAUGCCCACGAGUUAUUCCAUGUCAUCACCUCCUCACUGGAGGACGAACGGGACCGCCAGCCUCGUGUCACUCAUUUGUUCGAUGUUCAUUCCCUGGAGCAACAGUCAGACUUGACUCCCAGACAAGUCACCUGCCACACAAGAGGGUCUCCUCACCCCACGUCCAAUCACUGGAAGUCUCAACACCCUUUCCAUGGAAGACUCACUAGUAACAUGGUGUGCAAACACUGUGAGCACCAGAGUCCUGUUCGAUUUGAUACCUUUGACAGUCUUUCCCUCAGUAUUCCAGCUGCCACUUGGGGACACCCACUGACCCUGGACCACUGCCUUCAUCAUUUCAUCUCCUCUGAGUCAGUGCGGGAUGUUGUGUGUGACAACUGCACAAAGAUUGAAGCAAAAGGAACGCUGAAUGGGGAAAAGGUGGAACACCAGAGGACCACUUUUGUUAAACAGUUGAAGCUAGGCAAGCUGCCCCAGUGCCUCUGUAUCCAUCUCCAGCGGCUCAGCUGGUCCAGCCAUGGCACGCCCUUGAAGCGGCACGAGCACGUGCAGUUUAACGAGUUCCUAAUGAUGGACUUCUACAAGUACCGCCUCCUGGGACACAAACCAAGUCAGCAUGGCCCCAAAGCCAGUGAGAACCUAGGGUCUGCCCUGGAGCUACAGGACACACAAGCGGCCCCAAAGCCAGGUCUGAGUCAGCCAGGAGCCAAGACACAGAUUUUUAUGAAUGGUGCCUGCUCGCCAUCCUUGUUGCCAGCCCUGCCUUCCCCGAUGGCCUUCUCUCUGCCGGUGGUUCCUGACUACAGCUCCUCCACAUACCUGUUCCGCUUGAUGGCAGUUGUCGUCCACCAUGGAGACAUGCACUCUGGACACUUUGUCACUUACAGACGGUCACCACCUUCAGCCAAGAACCCUCUCUCAACCAGCAACCAGUGGCUGUGGAUUUCUGAUGACACUGUCCGCAAGGCCAGCCUGCAGGAGGUCCUGUCUUCCAGCGCCUACCUGCUGUUCUAUGAGCGAGUUCUGUCCAGGGCGCAGCAGCAGGGGCGGGAGUACAGGGCUGAGGAGUGACAGGCCAGCCCAGAGCCAGGCCCAUGGUGAGGCCACAUCCGUGUUAAAAGAAGGCAUGCCACGUGUCCACGUGCGAGCCAGCCCCUGCAGAGCCCCUCAGCCUUCUGUGUAUUCUGAGAGCAGGCUCCACACAGGAACCAGUCUUCGCAGUGCUGCCAGGGUGUACCAGAAGGUGUCCUCGUGAGGACAGCAUCCAUUGUGUCUAGAGCAUCUUACUCAUCUGACACAGGUCAUUAAAGAAACCGACUCCAGGAGCCACCCUUCCUAUACUGUAAUUUGCCUUUGUUUGAUCCCCUGACAUUUCAGCAUAGAUCUUUAUUUUUAAUAAGGAGGCCCGUAAAUAUCAUUGGCAAGACUUAGUGACAUUAUUAAAGGCAACAAUUCAGAAGAACAAGUGCCUUUCCCUUCUGGUUGUUCUGAGAACAGGCAUGACCUAAGAUUCACAGGCACAAUGUUGGGAAAGCCCUCGUCCUUCCAAGUUCCUUGGAGGUCAAAAGAACAGCAUGGUGGCUCAGGCCUGGAGUCCCAGCACUCAGAUGCUGAGGCAGGAGGAUCAUUACAAGUUCCUGGCCAGCCUGAGCUACAUAUAAAACCUUGUCUCCUCCCAAAAGCCUCAAGACCACGUCCCCACCUUUGGGUCUGUCUUUUGUAAUCUUCAGUUCUUUAUAUGUGAUCACGCCACUUGCCAGUCCGCCCUGGGGAGAGGUGGUUCUAAGCCUGUCCACAGCUGUGGUGUCUGCACCGCUGCUCGUCACCUCUGGAAGAUGGCUAGCUUCCUGUUAUCAGUUGCCUAUAGUAGGGUUUACAGGCAAGAGUCUGGGCGGGGUGACCUGAGAGCUGAGCUGGGAGAGUGCCCUGGCCCAGGGCCACAGUCUCUCUGAACCUUGCCUUUUCAGUAAGGGCCCACAGUGAGGAGGAAAGCGGUGUGGUGUUUGAACAGAACUGCAGCCAACACAUCCUGCCGUUACUUUCUAGGAGCGUAUUCUAAGUGUGUGUGUCUUCAGUGACCUUGUUAAGCAAAGGGUACUCUGGGCAUUUUCUUCCGUUUUCAGAUAAGUUUCAUGAAUAGCCCAGGGAUGGAGGAAUGUUGAUGGCACAAUAGUACAAGUUAGUAAUUUAAAAAAAAAAAAAAGAUACCAAACCAAAUUCAGACUGACUCUUCCGAUGUAAGAUUUGGAACCAGACCUAUCCAAAGGUAACUGAGGUAAGGCCUAGGAUGUUUUCUCUGCAGGGGUAAGCUGCAGACGUUCCAGAUGUGCCUAAGCAUCGGCUUUGAGAUCAGAUCUCACUGUGCAGACUCCGAGACUGCUGUGCUGGCCUCCAGCCACAGUUCCCACAGGGGCGGCUGAACCAUUUGUUCUGGCCCAGGUGGCCCUGUGGACAAGUGCUCAGUCCCUCGGUCACUUGUGAUCUUAGAGGUCAGCUAGGGAAGAAAGACCACCAAAAGGACAACUGUGGAACGCUGGUCCCAGCCCAGGGUUUGGGCCAAGGCUGUAAAUGUGUGACCCUGGCCAAGUGCUAAUGUACUUCCUCAUUUUGUAAAUUAUUAGACAUUAGGUAGCAACCAAGGAUGAUUUCUAGUUUUAAGUUAUUCACAGUAGGUAGCUUCUUCCUGGAAAAACCUAAGUUAAGCUAGUACUUAGGCUAUAGGCUGCUGAGUGUGGAUCUGCUAAAGGCACUUUUGUAUCUGCUGUGUACUAAGCAAUAAAGAUGGUUUAUUAGGAAA